GAACUUCACGUUAUUUUUAAGUUUCUUGACAGAGCUACCUUUCGCAACAAAACAAUAUGGAGCAUUUCGAAAAGGGCGUCACCCCUUCUGACAAGGAACUGAACGGAUCAAACCUUCGCGUCCUUAUUGUACAUACCCGAUGGAACCUUCCCAUCGUUGAAGCCUUGGUCAAGGGUGCCAAGGAGACCAUGAUCUCUAAGCAUAAUGUCCUCGCAGAGAACAUUGUCAUUGAAUCUGUCCCAGGUGCAUACGAAUUGCCUUUUGCUGCCAAGGCUUUGAUUCAAUCUGCUCAAGCUCAAGGUUCAAGUGCCAGCGGCGAUUUACUUGCCAGUGCCACUGAUCUCCUUGGUGAACUGACUACUUCUGCUGACAAGAAGCCCGAUUCUCCCAAUCCAGGAGCCAAGAAGGCUAAGAAAGGCGCGUUCGAUGCUGUUAUUUGCGUUGGUGUUCUCAUCAAGGGUAGCACUAUGCACUUUGAGUACAUUUGCGAAGCCGUGUCUCAAGGCAUUAUGCGCGUCGGAUUGGACUCCAAUAUCCCUGUCAUUUUUGGUGUUCUUACUUGCUUGAACGAUGAGCAAGCCCAUAACAGAGCAGGUUUGGUUCCCAAUGGCCACAACCACGGUGAGGACUGGGGUUCGGCAGCUGUUGAGAUGGCUCUUGUCAAGAACAGAGCUUUGUAAUGCAACUUCUUUGAUCAAUAAAUCUUUGUGGUUUUUGUACUUUGUACUGCUUUUAAAACAAUCUUAUUGCCGU